GGAAUGACAAUCACGUGACCAGUCACAUGACCCUCUAACUCCAGAAAAUCUCCCGCCAAUUCCUGUCUGAAAGCUACAUGUAGCAUUAGCUCCAGAACCACCAGUUCGUACACUUCCUCCCCCAAAAUCAUUUCCAGUCGGAUCAAAAAGAGUAUUCGCCAGUGAAAAAGGAGAACAAAAUUCAAUCGAAAGACAAUCCCUAAAAAAUCCCUACAAACAUAUGAGAAAGUGAAAACCUCUGUAGUGAUAAGUUCACAAUUAUCCUUCUCAAAUUCACCUGAUUGUCACCUGAUUUUCGUCGACAAUCAUGAGUCUGUGGGUGGACAAGCAUCGUCCCACGAGCCUCUCAAAACUCGACUAUCACACAGAACAGGCAGAGCAUCUCAAAAACAUGGUCCAGAAGGGUGAUUUCCCUCAUUUACUGGUCCAUGGACCACCAGGAGCAGGAAAAAAGACAAGGAUAAUGGCGAUUAUUCGAGAAUUGUAUGGAAGUGGAGUCGAAAGACUUCGCAUGGAGCCAAUGCAGUUCGAAACUCCAUCGAAGAAGAAAUUGGAAAUCAUGACGAUAAGUUCAAAUUAUCACAUUGAAGUCAAUCCAAGUGAUGUUGGAAUUUAUGACAGAAUUGUUAUUAUGGAUCUGGUUAAAACAACUGCUCAGACACAUCAGAUUGAUAUAAAUGGUCAACGAGAAUUCAAAGUGGUUCUAUUGACGAGUGUCGAUCAACUGACGAAAGAUGCCCAGCACGCACUUCGCAGAACCAUGGAGAAAUACGUGUCCACGUGUAGAUUAAUUCUCUGUGCAAAUUCAACGUCGAGAGUUCUCCCAGCCAUCAGAUCUCGUUGUCUAGCUGUUCGAGUGCCAGCCCCAACGAUUCCAGAGAUAAAAUCGAUACUUCAGUUGGUUGCAAAAAAGGAGGGACUGAAUUUACCUGAGGGAUUGGCUGAAAAUGUGGCUUCGGCGAGUGAGAGGAACCUCAGGAGGGCUAUUCUCAUGCUGGAGGCUUGCAAAGUUGAACAGUAUCCCUUCACAAACGAUCAGAAGAUAACCGAGCCAGAUUGGCAGGUAUUCCUCCGUAAAACAGCAACAAUGAUGGUGGCAGAGCAAACGCCCAGAAAACUCCUCGACAUUCGAGGAAGACUCUACGAAUUACUGACCCACGCCAUUCCCAGCGAUCUUAUAUUCAAAGGAUUGUUGCAAGAGUGCAUUAAAAAUUGUGAUCUCCCAUUGAAAUCAGAGAUUGUGGCAGCUGCUGCUGAAUUCGAGCACAGGAUGCAUCACGGAUCGAAGCCCAUAUUUCAUCUGGAGGCAUUUGUCGCUCGUUUCAUGGCGGUUUAUAAGAAAUUCAUGGAUGCCAGUAUGAACGAUUUUUGAGGGAUGAAAAAUUACUUUUCUCAUCUGAACUAUUUAAAAUAAUUGUAAUUUAAAGUUUUUCUACUUUGUCCUUCUCAUUUUUACAUGAAUAAGAAGAGUGUGAUUUUU